UGGGGGUCUGAAAAGGGGUACAGGAGUUGGGAUGGAAAGGUGACAUGGCGAGAGGAGGCAGGAAAGAGGGACUGAAGGGGAGAGGAUGGAAGUGGGGAGGGUGUGGAAGGAGGUGGGGGUAGAACAGAGUGGGGUUUGUAGAGGGUAGCAGAAAGGGUGAGGGGAAUGGAAAGAGGCUGCAGAAUGAAGUAUGUGAAAAGUGGGAGAGAGGAGCAGAAGAAAAUGAGGGUCAGAAGGGGAGCAAAGGUAGGAGGAGUAAAGGUAGGAGAGGAGAAGGAGUUGAUUGAGGGGGCAGAGGAAUGGAGUGGAUUGAAGAGGGUAGGGAAGGGGAAGGCAUGGAUAGAGGUGAUGUAAGAAGAGAGGAAGGUGGAAGGAGGGGAGGAGAGUGGAUGGAGAAGGGCAGUGGAGGGAAUGGUAGAAGAAGAGAGGAAGGUGGAAGGAGGGGAGGAGAGUGGAUGGAGAAGGGCAGUGGAGGGAAUGGUAGAAGAAGAGAGGAAGGUGGAAGGAGGGGAGGAGAGUGGAUGGAGAAGGGCAGUGGAGGGAAUGGUAGAAGAGGUGCAGAAAAGGAGAGGGUGGAAGGACCAGGCAUAGAAAUGGGGGAGAAUGGAGUGUGUUUGUGUGACACUUGAGCAAUGAGAGUAAAUAUGAGAAAGGAAGUGAUAAUGUGCAUUUGAAUGAAAGGGAGAGGGACACCAAGGCAGCAAAUAUGAGAAAGUUAGAGGCAGCUUGGCAAUCAUGGCAAGGGGCUCUGCUAAUGAGAGUGAUUUAUGAAACCAAAGAGCAGGAGAGUUAGACACACACACAAAGAGAGAGCCAAAGUGAAGAAUCACAAGACUCCUUUUGGAUUUUGAAGCUGUUGGUGCAAAAGAAGCAGAAGGAAAAAGCCAACCUUGAAAACCAGCUGACAAAUUUUGAGGAUCGCAUCCAGGCAAUGACAAUGCAUCUGCAGAAUGUUCGUAGGGAGUUAACCAAUACACAGUCUUUACAAAGAGCACGAGAAAAGGAACUUGAAACUGAACAGCAUUUCAAGACAAUUACAGAGCAUGAAAUGGAGCGUCUCAAACAAGAGAUUCAGCGGCUUGAAAAUGACUUGGUCUCAUUGAGAGAGAGAAAAAACGUUAUGGAGAAUAAUAUUUACAGGUACACACAAAAAAUUGAGGACUUGAAGUGUCAGUUGAACUGGGAUAAGCAAGCUUUGGAGGCCUGGCUUGAAGAGUCAACCAAAACAGAUGAAGAUACAAUUACCAUCCAGAAGUACACUAAAGAAGAUGAAGGGAAGAUCAGGGAAAUAACAGUACAAAUGGAGAGGAUGACCAAUGAUGCAAAUAAAAAGCGGAAGCUACUUGACAAUGAAAUGACUGAAACAAUUGCUGCUCAGAUGGAACUAGACAAAAUAGCACAUGACUUUCGCAGAUCCCACAGUGAGAGGCAAGAACUAAUCAGACGAUGGCAGAACACAAUUGAACAGAUGCACAGAAGAGAUCAAGAUAUGGACAAGUGUGCAUUGAUGCUGGCAGAAGUAAAACAGGAAAUACGAGAAAAAGAAGCAGCCAUAAAUGAGAAAAUACAGUUUCUUAAGAAUGAGACUGAAAACAAUGAAGAAUUUGAAAAAAAAAUUUCCAUAAGUGAACGUCAAGCAGCUAAGCUUCGGUUAGAGUAUCAAACGCAUGAAACAAACCGUAUUCAACUACAAAAUGAGCUUGGCACCUUAAAAAGCAGAGUGGAUAGAACUGCAACUGAUCUGGAAACUGUCAGAAGUCAAAUAACAAAUUUGAAACGGGAAAACUUAGAAAAGUCCAACAAACUGAUGAAAGCUAAAGAGGAAAGCAAAGCUCUUGAGGGCAAACUCAAAGCUGUGACUGAAACAGUGGUGAGUACUGAGGAACAAGUGGCUAGAAUGGAGAAGGUACUGAAAAAUGAAGAAAAAAUAGUGAAGGAACUGGAUGACCAGAUGAAGUAUCUAGAAGACAGGAAGUUUAGGAAGACUGAGGAGCUUUAUUCUCUUAACGAGGAAGUCAAAACAACUACAAACCAAAUAUCAGGAAACAAGGCAACACUCCGCAAUCUCAACAGCCGAAUUGACAAACUUGACCAUGAAAGUAUCAAACAGCAGGAAGUAAUCUAUAGCCAGGAUUUUCAGAUCCAGCAGCUGGAGCGAAGGCUGGCCAAGUUAGAAGGAAAUGUGAGCAAUAAUGAAAAAGAGAUUUUGGGCGAUAAGGUGGAAGAACUCUCAAAGACUUUAGAAGAGAAGAAGAGCACAGUGAACCUAUUAAACUUACAACUUAAGAAACUCCAGAAUGAUAUUCAGCAUUUGAGGAGAUAUCUGGACAAGUGCGGAGAGGAGAAAAUUGAUCUGACUAGUAAAAUAGAAGAAGUCCAUCUUCACAUUGAUAAUGGAGAAAAAGAAUUAAAAAAGAACAAACUUGCUGAACAAGAUUUAAUGAUUGAAGAUAACCUUCUAAAGUUAGAAGUUAAGCGCCUACGGGACAUGCUCCAUAGUAAAGCUGAUGACGUGUUGUCUCUGGAGAAACGAAAGUUGCAGCUUGAGACAGCAAUGAAAGAAAGAACUGAAGAAAUCAAAAUUCACAUGGAUAUAUUGCAAAUGCAAAUCAAGCACAUUGAGCAGGAACACCAAGGUAUUAGUGCUGAACUACAUGAAAGAUUUUCAAAAAUUGACAAAAUGAAGAAGAGAUAUGAACUUCUGAUAUUUACAAUGGAGCCUCCCGAGGGUGAAGAGGAACGAUCUCAGGCUUAUUAUGUAAUUAAGGCUGCUCAAGAGAAAGAGGAUCUUCAGAGGCAGGGGGAUGAGCUUGAUGCUAAAAUUUCCAAAAGCGAAAAGGAAUUAAGAGCCCUUGAGAAUACACUGCAGCUCCUGCACAAUCAAAAUGCGGUAUACCGAAAAUCUUUCAGCAAGGUCACGGAAACAAGUGAAGAGUAUGAGGAUAAAUUAAAGUUGGAAGAACAGAAGCGGGCCUUUGAUGAAAAAUAUAGAUACAAACGCAGGCAGAUUCGAGAACUCCAGGAAGACAUUCAGUGCAUGACAAACACCUUAGAUAACUUGCUGAAGGAAGAAUCAACACUACAGGUAAUUGCUCAAGAAAAACAAGAUAAAACUGUACAUCUCAUAAAGGAACUGGAUGAUCAGAAAGUCAAACUGGAAAGGGUGACCAAACAUUGCUCCAAAGUGGUUAAAGAUGUACGUUCCACUAAGCAAAGUCUUGGAGAAACCCCUGAGGAGCAAGACAUUGAUCUUCGUGAACUACGAGACUUUAACAGGUCAUUGAACAAGUUAUUGGCAGAAGCAAUGGAUGAUUGUCCAAGUUUGGCUGCAGAUCUUCAACUUUACUUUGAUCAGGCUGGCUUACCAUUACCAACUGCUCCAACGCCACCACGUAGUCAUCAUAGUUCAAGAUCACCAUCAGUUCGCAGCUCCGCAUCAUCUGUGAGAACUGUUACAUCAUCUCGAAACAGUAGUACGAAUGGACAAACCAGUGUGACUCCUGUAAAUCUCUCUCUGGAUGUAACAGCAUCUUCACCAUGUACUACUUCAUCACGGGGAAGCCAGAAGAGCCAAUAAAAUUCUCAAAGCAGCAAGUUAUGAUACACCAAGAGAAUCCAUAUUUUAAAGAAAAAAAUUAAUGGAACAAAAAUUGUAAAAGUGCAUAUUCAG